GUGGAUAGUCACAUGCAGCAGUACAUAAACCCUGACUGACAGAGAGUGCUCUGUUCUCGAUGGUGACUCGAUGAAAGAACCCACCCAUACAUACAACGUCUACAUGACGUGGAUGUCUUCACCAUGAAAGAGACACGUGCCACUACCAACCAGCUGACACAAGUGCAGCCAGACAUGGCAUGGCCCUCAUUGGACUGCGAGAAGCAGCUCUUAAAACAUAUGGACACACUCCAUCAAGCUGGUCUGUCUGUCUGUCUGUCUCUUUGUGUCAACGAAGGCAAGGCGAUCCAUCUGAUUGCAAAAAGGAGGGGAAAAUGCGUGUGUGGACACGCUGAUAAAUAGACUGCGAUAGCCGCCGAUAGAGUGCGAUGUACAAAGAUAGAUUGCUACGAAAAUGCUCCUUCCUCUGUAGACAUCUCACACACGCCACUAGCCAUACAUGGCCAUUCUUUCCAUGGCCUUCCACGACAGCACCUAAAACGUAUACAACCACACAUCCAUCAAGCUGUCUGCCUAUAAGCAUAGGCCAAGCUGGUCUACAUGUAUCUGACUGUCUGGCGCCUGAUCGACUAACGGCCACGUGCGAUGCCAUACGGACACAGGAGGGAAAAUCGCGUGUCUAGAGUGCGAUAAACCUCUCAGGGAAGAAGUGAGUGGCCACAGAAAUGAAGAAAGGUAGAGUCCGAUAUCGCCGUGUGUCAUUGAUCGUCAUUGGUCAUGUCGGCUGAUGGUGCGGCGGAUGAGCGAUUUGAUGACCAAGUCGAAUAUGCCCCCAAAGACGUCCUCUCGGGCCGCAUCGAUGAGUGCCGCCUCCACCCGCCCCUCAUCAGACCCAUCGCUGUCUUGGGGCGGCUCCACCAGCAGUGACAUGCUCAUGCCUGAUAUCCCAUACUGCACACACACAAAUGGAAUCCAUGUGCCGCAUUCUGUGUGUUGUGUGUUGACUGACCUCUUUGAUUUUGUCGAUGACGUGUUGUAGUUUGCCGCCGUGCCGCUGCCUCUUGUCGGCCGCCAUGACGCCCAUCUCACGCUCGAUGGCCGACACCAGACGUGCUGAGUCCCACAGCUGGCCGGCAGCCAGGCCUUCUCCGUCCUCCCUCACACCAUCCCCAGGAGGCCACUGGACGGCCCCCCGUCGCUUGAGUGCCCGCAGGAAGCGCCGCAGCUGCGCUAUGAUGACGAGUGCGAUGCCCUUUGGCAGGCCGAGGUCACGGCCGAUGUCCUCAUCCGCCGCCACACUGUCAGUGUCAUCCAACAUGUCCAGCAAACUCAGCGCCGAAACGAUAUCUAACGCCUACACACACAGAAGAGAAGACGACACACAUACAUUGAAGUCAGCCUGCCUUCACAUGUGUCUGUGUGGUGUGCUGACCAUGAUGUUGUCGGCAACCUGUCGCAUGUCGGGUGAUGGGUGGGCCUUGAGCAGCUCCACCAGCUGAACCUUCGUCAACUCAUCGAACGGAAUCACAGCUCCCUCCCUCCCUCCAUAACCAUCGCCAUGCCAACCAUGCCGCCCCUCGCCCACCUCCCCAUCCGCCAUGCGACCGGCCUCAUUCGGGUCUCGUUCCUGCGGCACAUUGGGUGCGUGUGGGCCCUUGACGGGCUGAUAGGGCGGCGGCCGCAUCGUCAUGUCGAUGUCGGCCAGCUCGUCACCACCCGGCAGCUGCUCGUCAUCUGCCGCCUUGAGCGGCUUGGGCAGGGCUGGUGUGGUGUGCUGCUGAUUGGUCUUCUGAAGCUGUUUGAUGAAUCGACUGGCGGCCUCCUUGAUGUCCUCGCCGUCACGCUGCCCAACCAUGGCCGGCAGCUCAUGACGCACAAACGAGUCGAUGGACGCAAAGCUGAGAGCUGGGACGGCCGCCAACAUCGCCCCAAUGUUGUGACCCACUUGACCAUACUCGCGACAGAGGACCAUCCGCUGGGCGUGUGUCAUGGGCUGCUGGUCCUCAGUGCCGUGAAUGUCCAUCCCCUGCUGGCGGCAUGCCCAAGCGGCAUCGAUGGCCGCCCCCAUGGCCUCCCUGGUGGCCGCUGAGAGGGGCACCGACUGCACUGGUGACCCCGGCAGGACCACCUCGACGGCCAGCUGCGUCAGGGCAGACCCACUCCUGAACCGCAGACACAGAGGCGUUUCGGGAUGGGCUCGGCCGAGUGCCUCCAGCUGCUGGUAGAAGUGGCGAAUCAAAUGCCCCUGCUGGACCGGGGACACACGAGGGCCGCGACUGGCCGUGCGAUGCGUCGGCAGCCCACCAGGGGGGCCCUCCCGCAGCCAACUGGAGGCCUCCGGCGAGGGAUUGUGGUUGGGUCGGCCGUCUCUCCGGUCCUGGCGCUUGGUGUCAGGGCGAGCCGUAGGGUGCAAGGGAGCACCGCCCCUCAGACCACCUUGACGCAGCUGAGGCGCCAGUCGCUGUUUGACGGGCAGAGGAUCGUCGCCAUCGUCGGCACUUCUUGAGUCAGCCGGGUCGCCAUGGCUCUCCGCCCCUCCCUCUGACGUGUCCAAUCGCUCCAUCCUCUGUCUGUGCGCAAUGGCGGCCUCCUUAGCGCCCUCGAAGCCAAGCUGCUUGACGUAGAAGGACUUGCGCUUCUGCUUGCCGGCCUCCUGCCAGCUGACCUGCCAUGCGUUGACUUUCUUGUGGUAGCUGACGCCCUCGACGCCGCUCUGAUGCUUGGAUCGUCGCAAGAUGGAAGCCCGGCCGGUGCUCUCCAUCUCGCGACGAUGCUGCUCGGCCAACCCCUGAUACACGUGACAGACAGAACGAGGGCUGGCGGUGUUGGGCUGCGCGAGCGGGGUGGUGCUGUGCUGCACCUUAGCUUUGUCGAAUCCAUGUUUUCUGACGUAGAAAUACUUGUACUCCCGCUUGCCGUCCCUCGUGUUGCACCACUUGGCUAACCACGCCUGAUGCUGCUCACACCAGUGGACGCCCGACACGUCAGACUGGUGCUCGGCAGCCCUUCGUAUGCCCUGGCCGGCCUUGGUUGUCUUGUGACUGUUGGGGCUCGGCCGUCUCUCCGCUACGGAUGGGCUCCUGCUGGCGAGAGCCGCAUCUCGGCGGCGGUGCUUGCGAGAGCGGCUGUGGUCGGAUGACUUGUCACGCACCGAUAGGCCCAGCUCCUCCUCGCCCCCCUGCUGCUGCCGGUCGAGCCAUGAGAGGUCGAUAAUGGUCGCACGGUCGCCGAGUUGGUCACGGUGGAUGCUGUUGCGGUACGCCACACAUUGGCGGAGAGCAUCGAUGAUGCUGCCACGGGAGUCGGGAUCAUCGAUGACGAACUUGCGGAAGCCCAGGUGCUUGCCCUGGCUGUCAAAGUACGCGGCGAAACGUCUCGGUGAAGUCAUACAGACGCCGAAUCUGACGAGACGCCAAAGAUAGGAUGCAAAGAUAUGUCGCUCCCCCUUGUCGUGUGUAGCAAUGCUCACCCUCCAUUGGCCUGUGGGCAGGCGUCGUUGAAGCGUCGUAUCAGUCGGUCCACCAGGGCCGUGGCGAGAACAGGUCCAGUCAGUCCAUCCAGCUCGGCCUCAUCGCGCGCCCUCUUGCGGUCGACGGUCUUGCGCUUGGGGGCGGGGCGACGCGGUGGGUCCCCUUGGCCUUUCAUGCGACGCGUCUGACGAGUGCCCGUUGAGUGGGGAUGGGCGUCCACCGGGGCAUCGCUGUUGUGCUUGCAUUUGGGACAGAGCCACUGCCCCUCCGGGACGGCCGUCAGCUGCACGCAGUAGGUGUGGUAGGCCGCAGAGCAACGACGCUUGUCACACAACAGCAGAAGCUUCUCAUUGUCGCCCUUGCCGCACUCCCAGCACCGCAACGAAUCAUCUGAGCCACUGCCCGCCUCGUCGAUGCCGCCGCUCUGGGCGUUUGGCAACUCACCAUCCGCCAGCCCAUUCAGAUCCCUCCCCCUAUGUGGCUGCUUGUGGCGGUGAACCAUCUGCGUGCGACGGGGGCGAGACGGUGGGCACGGGCCACGUCCGUCCUGGGAGUCGCUGUCACGUCCCUCCCCACCGGAUGAUGGUGACGAAGAGCCCCGCCACUCUGAGUCUGAGGAUGAUCGGUAUUCAGCAGCCCCUCGCUUGCCGCCACCGCUGGAAGGGAGGGCGCCUCGGGCCCUCUGGGUAUCUGGAGGGCCUGAUAUCUCCUUCGCGUCGUCAUUGUGCCGCUUCACUAAGGGACGCUUCCUUCGCCCCUUGCCCACCAGAUGGCCGAGCCGGGGGAUGCUCUCAUCAGAUGACCCAUCGUGGUGCCCAUCGGCAUCGCCCAUGUGGUCGUCGAGCCAGCUGAUGUCGAUCAAGAUAGCAUCGCUGCCGAGGGCCUCAGUGAAGACCUCAUUCCGGCGCAAAACACCCUGGCGAAAGGAGUUGACGAUGUCGACACGGCGGAUGGGGCGGCCCGUGAGCGAUGUCAUGUACUCACACACGUCCUUGCCGUUCCGAGUGAUGGCGACCUUGAACCGGUGGCCAUGCUGGUGCCAGCUGAUACCCAGCCUGAAUGAUGGCAUGCCACACAAGGAGAAAACGGUAGGUAAACAGAGGGCUUGUGUACGUGGAUCGCGAUCCUCACUCACCCGCCUCUGCCUUUGAAUGUGUAGAGUUCCGGCUGCUCACGUCUUGUCCUCUCGAUGAGCAGGUGUGCGAAUGCGUCAACCUCUCUCGCACUGAGCCCCUUCGACCCGCCUCGAUCGACGCCAGCUGAGCUGCCGGGGCAGCUGUCCUGCUGAUCCCAAUGCCGCGAUGACGCCAUGCUGCCGCCCCGCAUAUCGAUGUCAUUCUCCUGUGCAGCGGGGGGCGACGGCUGAGGGCGGGAAGCUUCGGCUCGACCGUGGCCGGCGGCAGAGUCGUGAGAAGAAGGUGGCUGAUGGACGGGCUGGCUGUCGCCGCCCAGGGGUGUGUAGUGCCUCUCCUCCACCUCACGGCGGUAUGCGAUGGCUGCCUGUUUGGCAGGCUCAUAGCCGAGCUUAGCGACGGAGAAGUGCUUGUUUAUCCUCCUGCCGCCCUCCGACCAGGAAGCCACCCAGCGCUUGUAUGUCUCGUCGUAGCUGACGCCCCGCACGCCGCUCUGGUGGCCAGAUCUCUGCUUGCCUGCUGCUACCCGCCUGGUGCGCUCCAUCUCACGACGAUGCCGCUCGGCCAACUCCUGAUACACACAACACACACGAGAAGAACUUGACGAUGGCAGUUGGCGUUGCUGUUGUCAGUACCUUUGCUUUGUCGAAGCCGUGCUCCUUGACGUAGAAGUACUUGUCUCCUGCUUGCCGUCGUUCUUUCUGCACCACUUCGCUUGCCAGUACUGACCCCGCUCAGACCAGUGGACGCCCUGCACGGCUGACUGAUGCUCGGCAGGUUUGCGGCUGACGGUCUUGCCCUUGCCGGCCUUGCGCCUCGGCUGUCCGUCACGCGAAGACACGUCAUCAGCCCAAUCCAUGUCGUCAUCGCCACCAACACCUCCCAAAUCCGCCCCGCCACCGUCAUGAUGCGUCGGACCCUUGGAGGCUGCACCAGCACUCGUGCCUUUGUCGACAGCAUGCUUCUGUUUCGGCUGUGGGUGCAGAUUGAUGCGCCGCAUUCCCAUGCUGACUACACCGCCGCCGGCCGCAGUGUUGCAGUGCUGCGCUGCCUGGGCGAAGGCACGCAGGAUGAGCCGGGAUGAGGUCACGUCAGACACACUGAAGACACGCUCGUCGUGCCUGGCCUCCCCGUCUUGUCGGUAAGCCACGAAGGUGGCCUCCUCGCCGCGCCACUCGAGACCAAAACUGAGUGAAGCACACACCAAGGAAGAGGAAAAUGAGUGGCCUUUCAUGAGACUUCAUCGUUCUGCCCACCUGUCGGCAUCGUCUUGGUGUGCGUCCGCCAGCUGCCGCUGUGCCUGCUCCACCAGGCUGGCUGCCAGAGCAUGGCCGCCCCCUUCACUCAGCUUCGCCGACACAAUUCUUUCCUUCCCACCGCCUGACCUGUCGCGACGGCGUCUGGCCCCCGGUCGAUGCGACAGCUGCUCGCCCUCACGACGGCGAUGUGUCUCCGGUGUGGGUCGAAUGGGAGGCGGCAUGAGUUCAUCCUGACUGUCCCUCCUGCUGCCCGCGUCUUCACGAUGGCGCUUGGCUGCUGGCCGGUCGAUGAGCAGCUCGUUCUCAGAGCUGGACGAGUCCGCUAUUGGCCGCUCACUGACACGAUAGGAGGGCCUGCAUCUGUGGCGGCGCCCAGGCUGAAUAUGGGGCGCCAUGGGGUCAUUGCUGUCGAGUGUGUGGUCACUGGGGUCCUCAGACAGAGACGGGGGCGGCAUGGGCUUGCGCCUCGCUCCGCUGCGGCGGCGCGUCCGAGGUCGAUUGCAGCCAUGGGGACCGAUGUCAUCGAGCCAGCUGAUGUCCAGGGGUGCGGAGGCCUCUCCCUCACUAGCAGUGCUCAGACGGUUGAGCUCCUCGACGGCGCGGCGAAAAGCGUCAAUGACGGCCGAGCGGGAGCUGAGGUCGACCACCGGCACAUCGAGAAUGCGCUCAGCUGCACCCUCCCCGAGAGAGGACGGCACACGGACACGGAAGCCGCCGUCCUGCCAACACAGCCCGCAUGACCUGCCCGAAAAAAAAGAACCAAUCCCACACACACAUCACACACGUGACAAAUCUGGCCCUUCCUUGUCUGUCUUACUCGUCGCUGUUGAGGACUUCGACGAGGGCAGCUGCCAGGUCGCCGCCCUCCAUCACACCCACGUGUGGCCUGCUGCUGGGGGGGCCGUGGCGGCGCGGCGAAAGAAUCUCAUCAUCAUCAUCAUCAUCAUUGUGGCGGCUGCGGGAACGGCUCUCUUCUCCCGUCGCCUCGGACUCUGAAGUGUGGCGCCGCUGCUCCAUCUCUUGUCGGUAUGCGAUGGCCGCCUGUUUCGCCUUCUCGUAGCCCAGCUGGUUGAUGGAGAAGGACUUGCUCCUCCUCCUGUCCCCCACCUGCCAGCUGGCCACCCAUGCGUUGGCUCCCUUGUUGCAGUGGACGCCUCGCACGCCACUCUGGUGCUCCGACCGCUUCCUUGCUGCUGCCCUGCCCGUGCGCUCCAUCUUGCGACGAUGCUCCUCGGCCAACGCCUGAAGGAGCAUCAGCAUCACGUGUGCGGGCUGUGUUCUUUCUUGUCUCUUGCACCCAAGCUUUGUCGCCGUGCUUCUUGGCUUCAGUACCUUAGCUUUGUCAAAGCCGUGCUCCUUGACGUGGAACCGCUUGUUCUUGGGGUCCCCUCUCUCGUUCCACGAUGACACCCAGACCAUGCCCUUUUUCGCCCAGAAGACGCCCGGCACGUCAGACUGGUACCUGCCCUCGGUGCCAUCGGGCUCCUUCUCGGGCGUGGGCGGCGGGGCCCCGUCGUGGGCUGAGGGGCUGCUGUCGAGCGGAUGUGUGUGGCGAUCCUUCAGCAACGGGCUGCGAUCAGUGGCUGGCUCCUCAUCGGCGGGCCCUGACAGCUGGGUCAGGUCAGCUGCCUCCACGGUGGGUCGUGGCCUGUUCCUGUGAUGACCCUUCUCGGCUGACGCCUUCUUGGCUGACAAACCUGAAGAAGACAAACAAUACCGACAGCCGCAAUGGCUGAAUGCCGAUCGAGGAUGGGAACGGUGUGGCUGUUGACCUCUGUCGGGAGGUGGCUCAGACGUCCCACCACCAGUAGGGGGCGUACUCGAGGGACCGGGGGCCCUGACGGCCACCGCGUCGGUGGCGCAGCCAGGAGCGCCGCUCGACUCUGCACACAUGACAACGCAACACAUGCACACGAUGAUACGUAUCGUCCUCUCAGCUGUCUUCCGUCCUUGUCCGGGCUUACUUGGUGGACGUGUCCACUCUAUGACGGUCCGCUCGACGCCAUCGAUGACGUCAGACACACUCUCAAAGCGAUCGUCGGUGUCUGCCGUGCCGUUGUGGACGGCCAGCAGAAGACCCCCCAAUAUGCUCGUGUCCCACCCCCUCCCGCCGUGGUGACGGCUGACAACCCCCCGCACCCACACCGGAGGCCGAUUGUCCCCAUACCCCCGCCAUGCCGUCACCGUAUACCGCUGACCGUCGCCCUCGCCGGUAACACUGAACUCAAAACCAUCGUACUCGGGCAAGUAUUUGUUGCACAGCACCUCCACGAGGGGAGUUGCUGUGGGUGCGCCCGCUCCACUCGUGGAUGAGCUGCCCACUUCCAUUCUCGUCGGACCAUCGUGUGGUGUGUGGUGCUGAGGGGUGGGGGAGCGAUGCUGUCCUGCUGAGAUGACGCUCUUGUGUGCUUCUGGUGAUGGUGGGUCUGCGGGUGCUGGUGUUGGUGCGCCUCGUUUGACAGCCGCGGGGACGAGACCAGUACGGACAGUUGCUGCUGCAUCAGUCUGCCGCGGCUGGCUUGCUGAUGCCGCAUGGGAUUCAGAGCCCGCGUAUAGCUGUUGUGCAGCUGCUUCUGACGGUGGGUGAGGCGCCUCCGCGUCAAGAAUGGAUGAACGGUUGUGCUGAUGUGUUCCCACUGCUGGUGCAGCCAAUAAUGACGGCCCAUGAGUGGCUGAGGCUGCUUCUUCUGGUGCAGCUCGAGAGCCGUCCUCAGCAGCUGAUGGUGCGGCGCCGGGAGGAUGAGUAUGUUGACUCGCCAUCGUCACUUUUGUUGCUGCCGUCGCGUCGGCUUGCUCAUAGGCCCUCCCUUGGCGCCGUCAUGGGCACAGAUAACGGUAGAUGCGGUGUCUGACGUUGACUCGAUGAAGCAGCCGACAGCAAAACCGCCAGAUCUCUGCUCAAUUGUAGGAGAUCUGGGGAAGAGGCGGACUCUUUGCCGGGGGGAGUCACAAUUGCUCAGUCAACC